AUGUCUGAUACUGAAAGUUAUUUUCAACCUACAAAUAGCAGUCAACAUAAUAAUUUAAAUACAGAUGAAGUACUUAAUGAUCAUAGAAAUCAAAUGACAAGUACAAGUUGUGCUGUUUCUGAAGAUGAGGAUGAUACAAAUGAACCAAUAAAUAAAUCCACUACUAAUACCCAAGAAAAUGGUUUAAAUUUAUCAUCUACUAAUAACAACAAAAUUCGUUCCAAUUCAAUUAAUAGUAAUCAUAAUCAUCACCAACAAACUAAACAAGAAAUAUAUUCAAAUGAAGGAAAUAGAAAAAAAUCUAUUAGAAGAUCAUCAGCUAGAAGAUCAUCAGUUGGAGAAAAUGUUAAUCCUCAAUUAAAUAGAUCUUAUAUGACUACAUUAAGAAAAGAUUUUUAUUUAAAAGAAGAUGAUGAUUCACCAUUAACAAUACCUUUAAACAAUCAAUCAAUUUCACCAACUAAUCCCAUCAAUAUUAAUUUAACUACUCCUCAACCAUUACCUACCAAAUCAAGACGUAGAUCAACUCUUGAAAAUUUACAAUCCAAAAAAAAUGGUCGUUCUAUGUCAAAUAAUUUUGAAAAUGAUAUUUUAAGUCCAAUGAUAAAAACUAAAACUAAUGAAAGUUUUGUAAUUACUAAUAAUGGGAAUGGUGAAGAAAUUAAAAUUAGAAGACAAUCACGUUCUUCAAUUGAUAGUGAAGCUGAUUCUCAUGGUUCGAGAAGUUCUCAAGAAACUGAGGAAGAUGUUUGUUUCCCAAUGAUGCGUGAACAUAUUAAAAUUAAUGGUAUUGAUUUUGAUGAAAUUGAUGAAUUUAUUAGAGAAGAAAGAGAAGAAGCAGAAAUUCAAAAACAAUUUAUUAGUAAAAAUAAACUGAUUAUCGAUACCAUUGAUCAAUUCAGUAGUAAUAAUAAUAAUAAUAAUAGAAAUAACAGUAGUUCUGGAAUUAGUAGACAACCAACAAGUAGUGCUGCUUUAAAAUAUACUCCAAAAAAUAUUCUAAAAUCAUUUACACGUUCAGAAGAAAUUCAAGAUUCUGCAACUACAUCAUCAUCAAUUGAAGAAAUUAAAUUUAAACAAGAAAGUUUAGAAGAUGAUGAUAAAUCAUCAAUUGAACAAGUUAAAUUCGGAGGUGCAAGAAUUUCAGAUGGAGCUAAUGGAGCAUUACCUGAUAGAUUUUCAUUUUUCCAUUCAGAAAAUGAAGAAACUGUUCAUGCUCCUGAUAUUCCUUCCUUAGUUUCUAAUGGGCAAUCUAUUAGAGAAUUAUUUCAUAAUGGGGAAGAAACUUGGUGGCUUGAUUGUACUUGUCCAACUGAUGCUGAAAUGAAAAUGUUAGCAAAAGCUUUUGGAAUCCAUCCAUUAACAGCUGAAGAUAUUAGAAUGCAAGAAACAAGAGAAAAAGUUGAAUUAUUUAAAAGUUAUUAUUUUGUUUGUUUUCAUACAUUUGAACCUGAUAAAGAAUCUGAAGAUUAUCUUGAACCAAUCAAUGUUUAUAUUGUUGUAUUUCGUGAUGGAAUAUUAACAUUUCAUUUUUCACCAAUUUCACAUCCUGCAAAUGUAAGAAGAAGAGUUAGACAAUUAAGAGAUUAUGUAGAUGUUACCGCAGAUUGGCUUUGUUAUGCAAUGAUUGAUGAUAUUACUGAUAGUUUUGCUCCAGUAAUUCAUGGAAUAGAAUAUGAAGCUGAUGCUAUUGAAGAUGCAGUUUUCACAGCUAGAGAUACUGAUUUUAGUAAUAUGUUGCAAAGAAUUGGUGAUUCAAGAAGAAAAGUUAUGACAUUAAUGAGAUUAUUAUCAGGUAAAGCUGAUGUUAUUAAAAUGUUUGCUAAAAGAUGUCAAGAUGAAGCUAAUACGGGUUAUAGAAGACAACACCAACAAAGAUUAAGAGAUGAAUAUUCAUCACCUCAUUCAUCAUCAACCAAUAUUCAUGGAUUAAACAAUCAAUCAUCAUCAGGUGGAGGAGGAUCACAACCACCACCACCACCACAGCAACAACAACAUUAUGGUCAACCACCUAGUAGUUGGGCUCAAAAUACUACUUAUAAUGCACGUCCAAGAGCAGAUAUUGCGUUAUAUUUAGGUGAUAUUCAAGAUCAUAUAAUUACCAUGUUUCAAAAUUUAUUAGCCUAUGAAAAAAUUUUCUCAAGAUCUCAUUCCAAUUAUUUAGCUCAAUUACAAGUUGAAAGUUUUAAUUCAAACACCAAAAUAUCAGAAAUGUUUUCAAAAGUUACUAUUAUUGGUACAAUGUUAGUUCCAUUAAAUUUAGUUACUGGUUUAUUUGGUAUGAAUGUUAAAGUACCAGGUGAAGGAUCAACAAUUUAUUGGUUUUAUGGUAUAUUGGGGGUUUUAUUGGUUGUUAUUAUUUUAAGUAUUUGUUUUGCUAAUUGGUGGUUAAGAAGAAUGAAUCGUCAAAUUAAUGGAGCUCCAAGACCUGUUUUUAAUUCAAGAAGAAGUAUUAGAAGUUUAGCCUCGCCUUCAACUUCAGAUCCUAAUUAUUAUUAUCAAUGGACAAGAGAUUCAGCAAUUUCAAUAAAAUCAUUAAUUUAUUAUAUUGAAGAUAAUUACAGAAAUGAACUUAGUAAUAAUAAUGGAAAUGAGCCAUUAAAUAAAAAUAUUAUAAAAAUUAUUGAAUUAUACAUUUUGAAUGAAUACAAAUUACAAAGAGUACCAAAUAAACUGGGUAAUUUUAAUGAUUUAAAAGGAUUAGGAGAACCAAAAUUUAACGUUGAUAUGACAGCAUUUAAUGAAAAUUGGGGUAGACCACAAAGAGAUGGACCAGCAUUAAGAAUAUCUACAAUUUUAGAAUUUAUUCAUUAUUUAAAUCAAACAAAUUCAAUUUUCCAAAAUUCAAAUUUACAAAAUUAUACGUUUAUUUUUAAUGAUAUUUUAAAACCUGAUUUACAAUAUAUUUUAAAAUUUUAUGACUGUAAAGGAUUUGAUUUAUGGGAAGAAAUUGAUUCUAUACAUUUUUAUACAUCAAUGGUUCAAUUAAAAGCUUUACAACAAGGAUUUAUUUGGUUUAACUAUUUCAAAGAUAAAAUUGAUGGUAUAGAUACAGAGUUUACAAAUGACAUAUUGGAUGCAUUUAAUAAGCUAAAGUCAAACAUUUUAAAGGACUUUAAUUUCAUUAAUCAAGAUAAAGAUCAUAUAAUUGAGAUUCCAUCAUUAUUAGAGAAUGGAGAAAGAGGAGGACUAGAUAUUGCAUCAACUUUAGCCGUAGUUCACACUCAUGAAUUGGAUUUUAUAGAGAAAUACAACCUUCACAAUGAUAACAAUUUAAAAAAUUUUAGAAUACCAUUUCAAAUAAAUAAUUCUUAUGUUUUAAAUUCUUUUAGAAAAUUGGUUGAUGAUAUGAAAUAUAGGUAUACUAUUAAUUAUAUUGAUCCAAAUGAUAAUGACAAUAAUUCAAUUACUGGUUGUGGAUUAGGUAGGUAUCCUGAAGACAUAUAUGAUGGUCAUAAUACAUCAGAAGGUAAUCCAUGGUUUUUAGCAACAUCAACAGCAAGUGAAUUUCUUUAUCAAUUUAUAUUUAAUUUAUACAAGUUUGAAUUAGAUUUACAAAUUGAUAAGUCAAAUUAUGAAUUUUUUAAACCAUUCAUAAAUUACAAUAAAUCAAUUGAUUCGAAAGACGAAAACAUUACAAAUAUAACUUAUGAGUAUAACUCUAAAGACUUCAACAAUACACUAAUACAAUUAUUCAAAUAUGGAGAUUCAUUUUUAAAUGUUGUUAGAAGACAUUCAGAUUUAGAAACUGGUCAAAUAUCAGAACAAUUUAAUAGAAACACAGGGUUUAUGCAAGGUGCUAGAGAAUUAACUUGGAGUUAUAGCGCAUUAUGGAAUGCUAUACGCUGGAGAGAUAAAUUAUUAUCAAUAAUUGAUGUAUAA